AUGAAGUCGAUUUCUUUUCUCAUCGCCGCCGUUCUGGCCUCUCCCAUCCUCUCCGCCCCCAUCGGCCCUGGCGGCCCUUGCCCUGACGAAAAAGUCGAUGCCAUUCUGAACGGCAAACUCGACCCCUCGGCUUGCUGCUCCUACGGCAUCUGCAAAGGCGACGUCGUCAUCUCGGUCGGCGAGUGA